AUGAGAGCGGGUUCAUUAUGUCAACAUCAAAUACACCUAAUCAUUCGAAAUCGUAACGCAACAACACGUGCGCCAUCAUCUGUUACAGAAAUUAUUGUUAAAUCAGUAGCUGCAGGAUUAUCAUAUUGUACGUGUCGAUGGUCAAUCAGUAACUCGACGUAUGAUGAAUGUGGCGACGUUUGUAAUAUGGUGUCAGGCGGUGUGUUGGACGAAGAUAAUUGCACAUUGACAUUUAAUAGUACAGGAAAAACAGUAGGAUCCUAUUAUGCUGCAGCACUGAUGAUCGAAGAUUUUUAUGACGAGUCGACAUACACACCGUUCAGUUCAAUACCUCUACAAUUUCUAAUUGAAGUUGUCGCCUCGCCUCCGUGUCCUCUUGCUCCAAACAUUACAGGAAGCAUUUCGGAGGGGUCAUGUACAGCAAUUCAUGUUGGUGAACUAUUCACUUUUCAAAUAAUCGUUGAAAAAGGUUGCCCUGGAACAGUUAUUUCGGAUAUUUUUACUGUUCCGCCACUAUACAUGCUCAAAAGUUCUUUAAUUGAAAAUGUUACGGGGGCUCUCUGGAGUGUUACUGAAAGUUGGAUACCAGAUGCCACGCAAGUGGGAUCUCAAGUUUAUUGCGCGGUCGCUGUUGACAAGUAAGUGGUACACUCUAAAAAAUCAUGCGGCUUAGAAUCAAGUUAAGUCGUAUUAAUGUACCUUAUUUUUUGAGAAUAAGACACAUUAAUGUGACGUAACCUGAUCCUAAGUCGCAUGAUUUUUUAGAGCGUAGGAACUCCUAUCGGAGCCAAAAUACAACAGCAGUGGUUAUUUUUUGAAUAACUCAGGACCACAUAAAGAUAAAGGCUUUCGAUUUCCACCCUUCAAUGGCCAAGACUUGAGGCGAUCUUUCUACAAGCAAAACCGAUUUUUGGAUAAUUUUUCGAAGUCGACUUUCCAGAGGAUCUUUGGAAAACUAGCUUGGGUUUUACGAAAUUCACAUCGGAAUGUAUUGACUUUUUUCAUGGGGUGACAGCCCGGGAUGUUCUCUUCAAAAUGGGAGUAAAGUGAGACCUUGAUUUUCUGCAGUUACCUGGAGUCACCGAGUCCCAGGACUGGCACCCGGUGACUCUAGGUGGCCUUAAGAACGGAUGGACUAUGGAUAAUCGGCCAUACUGAGUCUGGUAGCAGUAUUUAUUUUUAGAAAAAAUUUUAAAAUCUACUGAAAAGCCAGUUUUACGACAAUUAGGGUUUUCACGCUGUUCUCGCCGAAUAUUAAAAAAUUCACUAUUCACUCAAAAAACAUCAGAACGUAUUCAAAACCUCAGAAUGUAGAUUAUUUAAGCUAUUGUAUAUCCUAUUCAUAGGAGAUCUCGAAAUAAAUUUUACAAAAGCCUAAGGUUUUCCAAAAGGGUUUCUGGAAAACCUAUUAACAAAAUAUGCUUUUCAAUUUCUGCGAUCUUAUAAUGAUGUUUAGCGGACAACAUUAAUCUACAGUCCUGGGACUCGGUGACUCCAGGUAACUGCAGAAAAUCAAGGUCUCACU